AUGCUUUUGCAAAUUACCAAAAAUAACUUCAAAUAUGGAAUAUUGUUUAAGGGAAUAAGAAAAAAAUUUAUGCAAUUAUUUCAAUGCCAUCCUACUGAAACUAUUUUUUUUGUUAACAUUAAUAUUUUGUUAUGA